CGGAGUGUUCAUCGUCAUCUUCAAAAUUUAGCAAAAUCCAUCCCAAAACAAACAAAAGAAGAAUCAAAACAUAUUUGACUCUCAAAACCCACUUCAAGAAGACCAUCCCUCUUGAAGACUAUCUCACUAAUCGUUAGUUGCUCCAAACUUCCCAACAAUUUUCAGGACACAAGAAUAUGCAGAUUCUCAUGAGGGCCCACAAAUUGGAUCAUCACAAGCCAAACACAUCCUUGCUUAUUUCCCACCCAUCACAGGCAAGCAAUAGAUCAUCUCUACUUGUUGCCACUUGGCUUGCUGGUCAGUCGCUCAGUCAACCACCUUAACUUCAGCAGCAAAGUGCUUCCAAGAACACACCAAGGCAUAGGAGCAGCUAGCAGGAGCACUAGGCAAGAUCAUGGGUUUCACCAUGGGCUUGAACCUAGUACUUGUCCUAGCCAUGGUGGCCACCAACAUCCUUUCCCUCUACCAUCUUUCCUCCCGCGUUCAAUCUCCCAAGCCCCCAUCUGAUCAACAACCAGUACCUGACCACCUUCUCCACCAACUCAACACCAUACGCGCCACCAUCAGCCACCUCACGCGCCACCAGCCACCUUCCACUACCCCAUCUCCCACCACUACCAAACCCUCCGUCCCUCAAGAUCUCCUCCUUUAUUCACACCUCUCACCUAUAGCUUCUUCUUGCCAUAAUCACCCUGAUCUUCUACACAAGUACAUGAGCUACUCUCCUUAUUCUCUUUGCCCUCUUGACUCUGAUCUUCUUGCUGAGUCCUUAAUCCUCCAUGGCUGCCACCCUCUCCCUCGCCGUCGGUGCUUCUCCAAAACCCCACCAAAACCACCCUCUUCUCUACCUCGUAACCCGUUCCCUUCUUCUUUCCUCGACUCCAAUGUAAUAUGGAACAAGUAUCCUACUUGCAGGUCAUUUUCUUGCCUAGCUAAGCAAAACCCAAGUCUUGGUUUUGAUCUAAAUAAUGAGAUCUCCAAGUUCAUGACCUAUAAGACUGAGUUGGAUCUCCCAAUCCCGCAGUUGCUACAAGUAGCAAAAUCAGCCGAUUCUGUUAUUAGACUCGGCAUUGAUAUCGGUGGUGCUACUGGUACUUUUGCAGCUAGAAUGAAGCAGUACAAUGUGACUGUUGUCACUACAACAAUGAAUUUCAAUGUGCCUAAUAAUGAAGUGGUGGCAAUGAGGGGCUUAGUGCCACUUCAUGUGCCAUUGCAGCACAGGUUGCCAGUUUUUGAUGGAGUGGUGGAUCUGGUCAGAUGUGGACACGCAGUGAAUAGGUGGAUGCCUUUGACAAUGAUGGAGUUUUUGUUCUAUGAUGUUGAUAGAGUGUUGAGGGGUGGUGGCUACUUGUGGUUUGAUCACUUCUUUAGUAAACGAGUAGAUCUUGAUAAGGUUUUUGGACCUUUGAUUGGGAAAUUGGGUUACAAGAAAGUAAAGUGGGCAGUUGGGAAUAAAACUGAUUCUGGUGGCUUGAAGAAUGGGGAGGUUUACUUGACUGCACUCUUGCAAAAGCCUGUGUAAAAAUGUGGAGCAGAUAGAUCACUUGAGGGGCUUGCACUUGAGAAUGAAUUCAUUAGAGCUAUUUUGCAUGGCAAAUGUACAACCAGGAACAAAAAGCAUAUCAUGAGAGUGUGCCUAAAUAAAGGAAGUAAUCCACUGUGCACUUCUGCUAAUUCUGGUGCCAUGUUUCACAUUCUUCAAGAGUGGCGUAAAUGCUGAUCCAGAUAUUGAAUCUAGUUUAAAGGCUACAUGCAGAGCAUAAAUUGCUCCAUUCAAUCAUUUCUUAACUAACACAUCACCACUAGUUUGCCUAAUCGAUUUGCCAUUCAUACUUUGUUCGUCAACGUUCUUGGCGACAUAUUACUGUUUCAUUAACCAUUUACUGAUUCAAAUGGAUUGGGAGUUAUUUACUGUGUAGUGGUUGGAACUGUUGACCGUACUGUCGAGAAAAUGGUUUGCCUGUUCAGACUUCAGACAGUAAGUCGGGUCUUUCUCUGUUAUUUAUUCA